GAAACCAAUAAGAUGCUAAAAUUCUUCAAAUUACAUAAAACUGAAGUUAUUAGUUCAUUGAAAUGUUGCUUUGGAGAAACGAGGAAAGCACAAACAAUAGCUAGUAGCAUGAAACACAAAAAGAGAAUUCACGUUCGGAAUGACCAACGCGCUAGCUGUACGUAACGUGCUCUUUAUCUACGGUUAUAGUGUGACAAAUUGAGCAAUAACAAGGCUAUAGAAGAAUCAUGAUGAUUGAUAUGCAACAAAUAAUAUUUAGAUAAGAACGAGGUUACUUUGCUGCUAUAACAAGAAUUCAAGAAAAAUAGAGACAUGUCAAUGGAGCAAAACAAAGAUACAGAACAAGUUGUGGGUGGUUAUAGAACCAUGCCCUUUAUCAUAGCAAACGAGACAUUUGAAAAGGUUGCAAAUGUAGGACUCCAUGUGAAUAUGAUUUUGUACCUACUGAAUGAAUAUCAUGUAGACCCUUCAACUGCAGCUAUCAUAAUAUUCCUAUGGAAUGCUGGAUCCAAUUUUAUGCCCCUUUUUGGUGCUUUUCUUUCUGAUUCUUGCUUUGGAAGAUUUCGUGUUAUUGCAUGGGCAACAAUCAUCGACCUUCUUGGAUUAAUAGUGUUGUGGCUUACUGCAAAAAUAAGGCAUGCAAGGCCACCAGAUUGCAAUGGAGAAUCAUGUACAACUCCAACAGUAUUACAAUUCUUGUUUCUUUUCUCAUCACUUGCUCUAAUGUCUUUUGGAGCUGGUGGCAUUAGGCCAUGUUCCUUAGCCUUUGCAGCUGACCAAAUCAACAACCCAAAAAAUCCACAUAAUGAGAGGAUCAUGAAGAGUUUCUUCAAUUGGUACUAUGUUUCAGUUGGCAUUUCAGUAAUGCUUUCAGUGAUAUUCAUAGUAUACAUUCAAGUUAAAGCAGGUUGGGUUGUUGGUUUUGGUAUUCCAGUGGCUCUUAUGUUGUUUUCUUCUGUCAUGUUUUUCUUGGGAUCUUUUAUGUAUGUUAAAGUCAAACCAAACAAGAGUUUGCUUGCUGGAUUUGCACAAGUUAUUGUUGCAUCAUGGAAAAAUAGACACUUAGCUCUGCCUCCAAAUGACUCUGAUUUGUGGUAUUUUCAUAGUGGCUCUAUUUUUCUUCAACCCACCAACAAAGUAAGGUUUUUGAACAAGGCUUGCAUGAUCAAGAACAGAGAAAAAGAUUUAGACUCUAAUGGAAUAUCAAUUGAUCCAUGGAGUUUGUGUACAGUUAGACAAGUCGAGGAAUUAAAAGCAGUGAUCAAGGUUCUUCCAAUUUGGUCAACAGGCAUAAUAAUUGCAAUUACCAUAAGUCAACAAUCAUUUUCAGUUGUCCAAGCUGGCACUAUGAAAAGAAAAGUUCACAAUUUUGAGAUUCCAUCAACAAGUUUUAGUGCAUUUGGAAUCCUCACUUUAACAAUAUGGGUAGCUAUUUAUGACCGAGUUAUAGUACCUAUGUUAACAAAAUACACAAAAAAAGGAAAAGGACUAAGUUUAAAGCAAAGAAUGGGAAUUGGAAUAGCACUAUCAUGUUUAGCAACAUUAGUGGCAGCAUUAGUAGAGAAAAAAAGAAGAAAUGAAGCAAUAAGAGAAGGGUUUAUAAAUAAUCCAAAAGGGGUAGUGAAUAUGUCAGCAAUGUGGUUAGUGCCACAAUAUUGUUUAGUUGGUAUUGCUGAGGCUUUUAAUGUGAUUGGACAAAUUGAGUUUUUUUAUUCUCAAUUUCCUAAGACUAUGUCUAGUAUUGCUGUUGCACUUUUUGCUCUUGGAUUUGGGGCAGGAAAUUUGGUGGCUAGUCUUAUUGUUAUGGUUGUUAAAGAUGGUACAAGAAGAGGUGGAAAAGUUAGUUGGCUAUCAUCAAAUAUUAAUCAAGGGCACUAUGAUUACUAUUAUUGGCUACUUAGUAUUCUAAGUUUGAUUAAUUUGCUUUACUUCUUUGUGUGUAGUUGGGCUUAUGGAAGUACUGAAGAUAUAAAAAAUUGGGAUGAUGAGGUUGAUACAAAAUUUGAAAUGACAAAAUGUGAGGAAGAAAAUAUCUAAUGAUCAAUUAACCAAAUGGGUUAUUAUAUCUUGUAUAUUUUAUAAUGAUUGUAUUGAUAAAUUUUGGUUUUUUUUUUACAAGCUUCUUUCUUUUACUUGGUAAGAGCAAGUUUGACUUUUGCUCGGUUACUAGACGGCAAGUAAAUGUAUUAUUUUAGGAUGAAAUUCAAGUAAAUAUAUGUUUGUAUUGAAUAGAUGUAUGUUUGAUGAAACUUGUACAUGACAAGUUAGGAAUUACUUUUUUUAAUG